CAAACAUUGUUGAUAAUUAAAGUCACAAGAAGUCAUGAGUACUUUGUAGAAGAGGAGGGAAGUGGAGCGUCCUCAUGACUGUUCCUGCCUCUGUGCUCCUCCUCUCCGAGCGCUUUUGUUGAAGAGCUACACCACAACUUCUCUCUGAAGUUUCCUUUUCCCCGGCGCGACUUCAUCCAAAUGGGUCUAUUCCCGUCCGCACCGCGGUGCUGAUUCAUGACCCAGAUUACUGUAAUCUGCAACAUUAUAAGGUGGCGUAUGUUUAAAAUGUGCCGUUUGGACGAUUAAAGACGACACCAUGGUGGACAGACGGACUUUCAACGUUGUGAUUUUGGGAGUGGGCUUUCUGUUCAUCUUCACUGCCUUCACCACAUGUGGGAACAUUGAACAAACUGUGGUGAAAAGCCUGGAAAAUGGGACUUUCUCUGGAAGCGGCUACCACAGCCUUGGGAUCAUCUAUGGCGUCUUUUCAUUCUCCAACCUGCUUGCACCUUCAGUUGUGACUGUCAUCGGCCCCAAAAUCACUAUGUUUUUGAGCGGCAUGCUGUACAGUGGUUACAUCGCUGUGUUCAUCAACCCCUCAACAUGGUCCCUUUACUUCACUUCUGUCCUCAUCGGCAUCGGAGCAGCCUUGCUUUGGACGGCUCAAGGACAGUUCCUGGUGGAGAACUCGGAGGCCUCCACCAUCAACAGGAACACGGGGAUGUUCUGGGCUCUUCUGCAGUGCAGCAUGCUGUUCGGCAACCUCUACAUCUAUUUCGACUGGAACGGAAGGACGGAAAUCCCAGACGGCAGCAGGAGGAGCGUCUUCCUGUCCCUGCUGGUCACCUCCGUCCUCGGCACGCUCAGCUUCCUGGUGCUGAGGGGCGGCCGCCGCGAGGAGGAGCUGCUCUCCGAGGAGGAGGGCCAGUCGCUGCUCUCCACCCGCAUGAUGUACACGCACAGAGCAAACACCGCAAUCCAAGACACCAAGUCCGAACUGGCAACCAUCCUGCAGCUGCUGAAGACCAAAACGAUGCUCCUGCUGAGUCCCUGCAUGGCGUACAGCGGCCUGGAGCUAUCUUUCUACAGCGGAGUGUACGGGACGUGCAUCGGAGCCACCGCGCAGUUCGGCGCCGCAGCCAAAGGCUUGAUAGGGAUCUCGGGGAUUGUGGUAGGCAUCGGAGAAAUAGUAGGUAAAUUGAGUUUUUUUUUUAAUUUACUCCUCUCCCAGAACACGUUCGGAUGCUUUAAGGUGCCGGAGUUGACACCGAGUGUGAACUUUCCCCCCCCUCCCCCUGCAGGAGGAGGCUUGUUCGGGCUGAUGUGCAAGAACAGCCGCUUCCGGCGGACCUCGGUGGUCUUCCUGGGAAUGGUGGUCCACUUCGUGGCCUUCUAUUUAAUCUUCAUUAGCAUCCCCAGCGACGCCUCCGUCGUGUUUGAAACCAACACCCAGAGGACGCCGUACCUCACUCCCAGCGUGUCCAUCGCCCUGCUGUGCAGCUUCCUCCUGGGACUGGGCGACAGCUGCUUCAACACGCAGCUCUACAGCAUCCUGGGCCACGUGUACGCCGAGCAGAGCACGCCGGCCUUCGCCAUCUUCAAAUUCAUCCAGUCUGUCUUCGCAGCGGUGGCGUUCUUCUACGGCGGCUACCUCCUGCUGAUGUGGCAGCUCCUGCUGAUGGUCGUCCUGGGCUUCGCGGGGACGCUGUGCUUCUUCGUGGUGGAGAGGACGCAGAACUUCGCCGCGGACAUCCAGGAGUACUGAGACGGCGGCUCAGACGCGUCUGGAGGGCAGCCUCGGAGAAAUAGGAAGCGACGCCUGAUAGUAUUACGUCGUCGUUCUACAUUUGCACAUGAUUGGUCCUAAUUACACAAAACAAUCAUUAAUUUUUUUAACAUUUUUUUUUUUUAUUGUGCUAUUAAACUCUACCUGGUGUUGCCUUCGCAAUUUAAUAACUACUGACGUGUCGCUUCCAGCUCAGGUUUUUAAUAAUUAUAGCAUCAUUAUUGAUAUUUUUUACCUUUUCAAAGCUGUUUAUAGUCUUUAAUUAAAUAUGAUACGUUUUCAUGCAUGACAAUCACUACUCCUCUCUUAUUUGUACAUUUUGAAUACUAAUGUCAGUGUAUUUUCUCUAUUUUUGAGAAU